UCUACAUCUCCAAGUUUCGCAGCAUUCGCGAAUAAACGGUCAUAGUAUCAAAGUGAAUCGGGACACUGUAAGGGGGAAAAAAAAAAAGAAGAGAAAGAGAAACAAACAUGAGUGCGUGUAAAUCCCUGUUGAUCUUAUUCGUCGUCGGACUCGUUGCAUUCCAACCGGGGAAAGCGCUCAAGUGCUACAUAUGUGACCCCAGGAACAACGGCACCUGCAACAUUGAAAAUCUUGUGCCGCAAACCUGUCCACCAUCGCCACCACCCAACGUAAACAACACUACAACCCAGAGUACUACGAAUCAAACACCGACAACCUUGACAACUACGACAAAUUCGGAAAGUACACCUUCGGAGAGCACACCGUCGGAAAGUACACCUUCGGAAAGCACACCAUCGGAGAGUACACCUUCAGAGAGUACACCUUCGGAAAGCACACCUUCGGAAAGCACACCUUCGGAGAGUACACCUUCGGAGAGUACACCUUCAGAGAGUACACCAUCGGAGAGUACACCUUCGGAGAGUACACCUUCGGAAAGCACACCUUCGGAGAGCACACCUUCGGAGAGUACACCUUCGGAAAGCACACCUUCGGAGAGCACACCUUCAGAAAGCACACCUUCGGAAAGCACACCUUCGGAGAGCACACCUUCGGAGAGUACACCUUCGGAAAGCACACCUUCGGAGAGCACACCUUCGGAAAGCACACCUUCGGAAAGCACAUCUUCGGAGAGUACACCUUCGGAAAGCACACCUUCGGAGAGUACACCUUCGGAGAGUACACCUUCGGAAAGUACACCAUCGGAGAGUACACCUUCGGAGAGUACACCUUCGGAAAGUACGACAACCUCGGGAGAGACGACGUCGACAACUACAGAAGGAACAACAUCGACAACGACAGAAGGAACGACAACAACGACCGAAGGAACGACAGCGACAACGACAGAAGGAACGACAGCGACAACGACAGAAGGAACGACAGCGACAACGACAGAAGGAACAACAGCGGCAACGACAGAAGGAACGACAGCGACAACGACAGAAGGAACGACAGCGACAACGACAGAAGGAACACCGACAACGACAGAAGGAACAAUAACGACAACGACAGAAGGAACGACAACGACAACGGCAGAAGGAACAACAGCGACAACGACAGAAGGAACAACGACAACGACAGAAGGAACAACAACGACAACCACAGAAGGAACGGCACCUACCGAAAGUGAAAUGCAAGCCUCGAGACUUCUGAAAAAUGAGAAAGGAAUUGUGAAUUUCUUUUCGGCGAGACAACGUAGAAGUUUGAUCGAUCAACUUUUGAGGGAAGAAGCACAGAGUAAUGCCACAGUACGCUGUUUUCACGAGAGCGUGCAAGUCGGUAACAGGACAGAAACGGCAUACGGCUGCGCCUACGAUCUGGAUCAUUGCAAAAGUAGCAAAGACUGCAGUCUGUGCAACGAAGACGGUUGCAAUUCAGCAACGUCGAACGUUGUCUUCACGUCUAUGAUUUUAUCAUUGGCAGCGAUCGUGCUGUUUGCAAAAUAAGCUGUAAUAAUUUAUUGUAAAGCGAACUUUCCCGAGGAGACAUCAAGUAUCCUAAAAGAAAAAAAAAAAAGUGAAGUAUCCUAAUAAUAAUUUAUUGUAAAGCGAACAUCCCGAGGAGACGUCAAGUAUCCUAAAAGAAAAAAAAAAAAUGAAGUAUCCUGGCAGACAGCUUCCCCCCUUCAAUUUCUUUUUGACGAAUAACGACAGCGAUUCGAGCAGCGAUAGAAUUUUAUAAAUCUGACGAUAAGGAGACUUAAACCGACGUUUGUAAUUAAAAUAGCAAUAGCAUGUAUGUUUAUGGUUGUCAAAUAAAAGCUUGAAAUAACAUCAA